UUACCUAUUCCCCCCUUCCUGCAUUGGAACAUAAGCAGAUAGUGUUAAUACUAUACUGUUUGUCGUGAGGUUUCUUUAUACUCUGAACUUGAAAGGUGCAUUACGACUCAUCUGGUGUUCAAGGGAUGGCAUGAAUCAUUGGCAUUUUCUUUAAUCUUUUCUAGUCAACUGUAUAAGAAGAUAAAUAUAUAUUUGGUUGUGAGUUAUGAUCUGGUAAAUUUGAACUGGUGGCAUGCUUGUUUUACGGCGAUGUAGCUGGUCACUAAAGUGGCCUUUCAGUCUCCAGAAGAUCUUUGUUUAUUCGCAAGAACCAUUUGAUCUCUUUUUCAUGCUCUGUUGGAUUCGUUUGAUGCUGGCAAGGAAGAUGAGAAUAUUGAGGUUGAAGACUAAAAGUAGAAGGCCAGAAGAUUGUAUGGACGAGAUUUGGGGUGCUACUGCUACUGGGGCCUGUGUGCAUUGCAGAAGAUUGACGGAUCAGGUCUGAAGGUAUCAAAAGAUUACUGCAGUCUAAUACGGAGAAGUGAUUACAGAUAACAGCAAACUGCUGGCUCAUAAAAGAGACCAAAGCCUGCUAAAGAACUGUAGCUAUAUGUUUUAGAACUGAAAAGCCAUAACUUCCUCUUGCGGCUGUUAAAUUUACGAACUUACAGUGUCGUAAAAGUACAUUUCUUAGGACAGUCAUAAUUAUGAGCUUCAAAUUUGUCUUGUUCUGUAGAGAGAGGAGGCAAAGAGCUAUCAAGCCAAGUCCAUUUGGAAGCAAGUGCACGGUUGAUGGAUGAUUCCAAGUCUCCAAGCAUGGAAAGCAUCGCCCCCUCUCUCAUUACAAGAGCAACCAGCCAUGUCCAUAUGGAGUGCAGCACCAUCACCAGUUCAGAGUUCACCACCAUGCCCGUCACCUCAGAAGAGUUGCUGGGGCUCACGGAGUCCGUGCCACCAUCCCCGUCCCUCUACCUCGACAUCCCUCCGACGCCAUAUGACGCCAGUGUCGGGGACCUGGUGCUCCCGUACAUCGCGCGCAUUCUCAUGGAGGAGGACAUAGACGACAGGUUCUUCUACCAGUACCCUGACCACCCCGCCCUCCUCCGGGCGCAGCAGCCAUUUGCCCAAAUCCUCGAUGAGGCUAAGAAUUUACUGUCCAACGAAGACGGUGACAUGGAGAGGAUGAAUUCUGAUGUGUCGUUGCAGGGUGCCCAUGGGGGCAGCAUGUUCUUGGCCGGCAAGGACAUCCGGAAUUGGGCAAUCUUGGAUGGUGCUGAGGUGGACAAUAAUGGUGACCAGAGGAAGCUCAGCCUCUGCAAUGAAGACAUGCUAAACUUGGCAUUCUUGAAGGGAAUGGAGGAGGCCAACAAGUUCUUGCCUAGAGAUAACAACUUGCAGGUGAGUGCAUUCAGCAUCGGCCAAGCGAGAGAGAUGUUAGUGAGAAGCACUAGUGGCAGGAGGCGGUGUGACGUGGAGGAAGUGGUGGGCAGGGCCAGCAAACUGAUGGUGCUGGACCUGGAGGAGGAUGGCGCCCACGAGCUGAUGCAAAAACUGAUGCUGAACAGUUGCGAGUUUAGAGGGGAGGCGAUGCAGAAGCUGCGCAUCACCAUGGAGAAAACUGAAGCUGAGAGAAGAAGCAUGAAGGCGGGGCGUGGCAGGCAGCAGCGGAAGAGAGGAGACACGGUGGACCUGCGCGGGAUGUUGCUAUGCUGCUCACAGGAGGUGGCCACCGGCAACCACCAGGGCGCGAGCAUUCUUCUGAAGCAGAUCAGGCAGCAUGCCUCCGCAAGAGGGGAUGCCGCUCAGCGGCUGGCGCAUUGUUUCGCCCAGGGUCUGGAGGCCCGGCUGGCGGGCACGGGGAGCCAGGUGUACAGGUCACUCGUGGAGAAACACACCUCAGCGAUGGAGUUCCUCAAAGGGUAUGAGCUGUUCAUGGCAGCCUGCUGCUUCAAGAGGGUGGCCUUCACAUUCUCCAGCAUGACCAUCUUCAAUGCCGUGGAAGGGAAGAGCAGGUUGCACAUUGUAGAUUACGGUCUGCACUACGGGUGCCAGUGGCCAGGAUUGCUGUGUUGGUUGGCCAAUAGAGGUGGCAGGCCACCGAAGGUGAGGAUCACCGGCAUUGAUCUUCCCCAGCCCGGGUUCCGCCCCUCUAAGAGGAUUGAGGAGACAGGGAAGCAACUCAGCAACUGUGCCCGUCAGUUUGGCUUGCCGUUCAAGUUCCAUGCCAUCACGGCCAAGUGGGAGACUAUCUGCGCUGCGGACCUGAACAUCGACCCUGACGAGGUGCUUGUGGUGAAUGAAUUGUUCAAUUUCAACACCUUGAUGGAUGAGAGCCUUGUUACGGACAGACCCAGCCCCAGGGAUGUUGUCCUCAGCACCAUCCGGGGCAUGCGCCCAGAUGUGUUCAUCCAAGGCGUUGUGAAUGGUUCGAGCGGCCCAUUUUUCUUGGCGCGGUUCCGGGAGUCGCUCUUCUUUCACUCGUCGGUGUUCGACAUGCUCGAUGCCACCACACCACGGGACAGCGAGCAUCGCUUGGUGCUUGAGCGGGACAUGUUCGGACAGUGUGCCUUGAACGCUGUCGCCUGUGAGGGUGCAGACCGGGUCGAGCGUCCCGAGACAUAUAAACAGUGGCAGCUCAGAAACCAACGGGCAGGCCUGAGACAGCUGCCAUUGAGGCCGAGUGUUGUUGAGGUCGCAACAGACAAGGUCAAGAGCCUGUAUCAUAAGGACUUUCUUGUGGAUGUGGAUCAGGGUUGGUUGCUGCAGGGAUGGAAGGGGCGCAUCCUGUACGCUCACUCGGCGUGGGUGGCGGACGACACUAGCUCGGAUGAUUAGCUUCUUUGCCCUGCAUAAUAAUUGAGUCAUUGUUAAUUUGUUUCCUUUCAAAAAGAAUAUUAAUACGAGAUACAUACAAAUUAAUAUAACGCUUCAUGAUGUAAAUUACUUUUACAGACUUUAGGUUUGUGUUUGAUGAGUUAAACACGCCUUGUAAAAGUCAAUUGCUACAAUAUCAGAUGCAGCCUCACACCUA